AUGGCAAAAGCUAUUUUCAAGUCAAGAGUGGGGCCCGCUUUCCACUGGAAAUGCGCCAUUGUUUUGACGCGGGUCCCACUGGACGAGAAGGUCAAGAAUCCAUCACGUGACCAAAUAUAUGGGCGUAGCCGACGUGGCGGAAACGCUGUGGUUGUGGUCCAUAUUCAGCUCCCUGAGGCUGAUGUAGGGGAUCUCCACAUUCCCUUUCGCGAGCGGACCGGACCCAGGCCGGCUGACGGUUCGGUAGGGCGUUGUCGAGCCGCUCCUGCUCUCAGUUAUGUAAACCGGGCCAGAUAUCAAUCCAAUGCGGCGGCGGAGAGCGCCUGGAUCAGCGGCGGCGCCGGCAGGAGGCGCCUGCUUGGGGAAUCUGAAGAAUAG